AUGAAUUUGAGAAGGGAAGGGAACGAGACGGAUAAGCUGGCACUGCUAGCCAUCAAAGCUCAAAUAAAGCAAGAUCCUCAUAAUGUAACGAGCUCCUGGAAUGAAUCCAUUCACUUUUGCUUCUGGUACGGUGUCACCUGCAGUCGACGACACCAUCAAAGGGUCACAAUGCUAGACCUACAAUCUCAAAAUCUUGCAGGGUUCUUAUCACCAAACAUAGGAAAUUUGAGUUUCUUAAGGGAACUAAAGCUACAAAACAACACCUUUAGCCAUGAAAUCCCUCCACAAAUUGGGCAUUUGCAUAGAUUACAGGUAUUACGUCUAGACAAUAACUCAUUUACUGGGUCUAUUCCAAACAACAUAUCAUAUUGCUAUAACCUUAUCUUUGUGCAUUUGGCUAACAACAUGCUCGUGGGAAAAAUUCCUCCACAAAUUGGCUCCUUACCAAAGCUUCAAAUACUUGUUGUACAAAUUAACAAUUUAACAGGGGAGAUCCCUCCUUCCUUGGGGAACCUUUCAUCUCUCGAGGUACUUUCUACAGUUUCCAAUAACUUGGUGGGAAACAUCCCUAGUUCUCUUUGCCGUUUGAAAAAACUAACAUUCUUGGCAAUGGGCAUUAAUAAGUUAUCAGGUACCUUCCCUUCCUCCAUCUUUAACCUCUCUGCCCUUCUUACUCUGUCCAUAAUACAAAACCGAAUUCAGGGGACUAUUCCCCCAGACUUAGGUAAAACUCUUCCUAACCUCCAAGUCUUCAACAUUGGCAAUAAUCAAUUUACCGGAACCAUUCCCAGCUCCAUAUCCAAUGCCACAAGUUUAUUGAAAUUUCAAUUUCAAAAUAACAAACUAACUGGGCAGGUGCCGGAUUGUCGAAAGCUUCAUGACCUUCAGUAUUUCAACAUUCAACUUAAUCAUCUUGGAAGCAGUAAAGAUGGAGACUUGACUUUUCUCUCAGGCUUAACCAAUGCUACAGAGUUAAGAAGGUUGAUUAUAGCCGAUAACAAUUUUGGAGGGACGUUGCCCACAUCAAUAUCCAAUCUCUCAACCACGCUUCAAAAUUUUUGGUUUCAAGGGAACCAACUAGAUGGAAGCAUCCCGGGUGAGAUAGUGAAUCUGGUUGGCUUGGGAUCGUUGAAGAUGGGGUAUAAUCACUUCACAGGUAACAUCCCCACUAACAUUGGGAAGCUUUCAAUGCUUGUAGAAUUAGAUAUUUCCAUGAAUGAAUUAUCAGGAAGCAUUCCGUCCACUCUUGGAAAUUUAACCAAGUUAAGCGAACUCUUCUUGGAAUAUAAUAAUCUUCAGGGCAACAUCCCUUCAAGCCUAGGGGAAUGCCAGUCAAUGCAAGCAUUGGAUCUCUCUAAUAAUAACCUUAGUGGCGUAAUACCUCAACAAGUUAUUGGCCUGACAUCCUUAGCAAUGCUUUUGAACUUGUCUUCUAACCACUUUACUGGUUCUCUUCCUACGGAGGUUGGAAUGUUGAAGAAUCUAGGUGAACUGGACGUUUCUGAUAACAUGUUAUCCGGAGAACUUCCUAGUAGCCUUGGUAGUUGUGUCCGUUUAGAGGUCCUGCACUUGCAAGGCAACUUCUUCAAUGGGACCAUUCCUUUAUCAAUGAAUUCUUUGAGGGGGAUUCAAGACUUAGACCUUUCUCGCAACAAUUUUUCAGGUGAAAUUCCAAAGUUUUUGGAAGGUUUUGUCUUGGUGACGAGUCUCAACCUGUCUUUCAAUGAGUUUUGGGGAGCAGUUCCAACUGGAGGUGUUUUCAAAAAUGCUAGUGUGAUUUCAAUUGUUGGCAACACCAGGCUCUGCGGCGGUAUAGCUGAUCUGCAAUUGCUCAAGUGCAACUCCAGAAAGUCUCAUAGAGGUCAGAGAUUGAAAUUGAUAAUCACUCCAGUAUCGGGACUUGCUUUUUUUGGAAUAGCUAUUUUCCUGUCCUUUUUAUUUCUUGGUUCGUCAAGAAAGAAAAAGAAACAAGUUUCAUUGAACACUUUUGCAAACUCUGUUUUGCAAGUGUCAUAUGCUAGUCUCUUAAAGGCUACCGAUGGGUUCUCUUCAACUAAUUUGAUUGGUGUGGGUAGCUUUGGGUCAGUGUACAAAGGAGUUUUUGAAGUUGAUGAUGAUGACAGAGCUCAACUUGUUGCCGUGAAAGUUUUCAACAUGUUACGCCAUGGUGCAUCGAAGAGUUUUAUAGCUGAAUGUGAGGCGUUGAGAAAUAUCAAGCAUCGAAAUCUUGUCAAGAUUAUGACUGCUUGCUCAAGUGUUGAUUUUCAUGGUAAUGAUUUCAAGGCUUUGGUUUAUGAGUUCAUGGACAAUGGGAGCUUGGAUGAGUGGCUACAUCCAACUACUGGAAAGGAAGAGGAUCAUGUGCCCACGAGUUUAAAUCUUCUUCAGAGGUUAGACAUUGCCAUUGAUGUUUCAUGUGCACUGGAUUAUCUUCAUAACAAUUGCGAAACACCGAUAGUUCAUUGCGAUCUCAAGCCAAGCAACGUUCUAUUGAACAAGGAGUUUACUGCACAUGUUUCUGACUUCGGACUAGCAAAAUUUCUGUCACAACUAACAAGUAAUGUGCCAGCAAAUGAGACAAGUUCUAUUGGAAUAAGAGGAACAGUUGGUUAUGCUGCUCCAGAGUAUGGUAUGGGAAGUGAGGUGUCAACAAGUGGAGAUGUAUACAGCUUUGGCAUUCUCUUGUUAGAAAUGUUUACAGGGAAGCGACCCACUGACGACAUGUUUAGUGGGGACUUGAACCUUCAUAAUUUUGUCACAAUGGCUCUCCCCGACCGAAUUACAGAGAUUUCAGAUUCAUCACUUCUUCAGGGAAGCAUUGACGACAAGAGUCUUAAUCAAUUGAACGCCAAAUCUCAGAAAGUUGAGGUGUGCUUGAAUUCGAUAUUUAGAAUUGGAAUUGCGUGUUCUACUGAAUCUCCAACAGAUCGCCUGAAGAAUAUCAGUAAUGCUACGUCUGAUCUGCAUUCCGUUAGGAGCAUUCUUCUUGGAUAG